AUGUGUAGACUUUCUGGUUAUCACAUCAUGAUAGUCUCGAAGUACCUCGACACUGUCGGAGACUUCAUUAACUUGGAGUCGGUAUGCAAGAAGUAUAGUGGCAAUAUGGAGAAGUUCCACUUCAACCCACUUCCGUUAGAUUGCAAAACAAUUAGGUACUUCCCAAACAUUGAGACACUUCAUUUGUGGAAUAGAGAUGAAGAGAAUUUUGGCAAUGGAUUUAUGACGAACACAGAAGAAAAUGAAGAUUGUGAAAAUGAAGUUGUUUUAAAGAAAGAGUUUUAUCGAAUCAUUGUGUGGUUCAAUGUUGACUUUGAAACUGUUGACAGAAACAAAAAUCGAAACAUCGAAUUUAAAGAUGUCACUUACACUAAAAACAAUAGAGAGAAAUUUGGUAAUAAGAUACCAUUAAGUGUUAGAUCAAUUGGUGAAUAUUGUUUCAGUGGAUGCAGAAGUCUAAGCAGUAUUACAAUACCAUCAAGUGUAACAUCAAUCAGUGAUGAAUGUUUUGGAAAUUGCACCAGUCUCAUCAGUGUAACAAUACCAUCUCGUGUUAAAACACUUGGUGAUGGUUGUUUUAAUGGAUGCGAUAGUUUGAGCAGUGUUACAAUACCAUUAAGUGUGAUAUCUAUUGGUAAUUUUUGUUUCUGUGAAUGCAGAAGUUUGAGCAGUAUUACAAUACCAUUAAGUGUGACAUCAAUUGGUGAUGGUUGUUGCAGAGGAUGCAUUAAUCUGACUAGUGUUACAAUACCAUUAAGUGUGACAUCUAUUGGUGAUGAAUGUUUCAGUUGGUGUUUUAGUUUGAGCAGUGUUAUAAUACCAUCAAGUGUGAGAUCAAUUGAUGGAAAAUGUUUCAAUGAAUGUAUUAAUUUGACUAAUGUUACAAUACCAUCAAGU